ACAUUAAUCGUCUCUUUAUUCGUCUAUAUAUAUAAUAUGUAUAUACCUCCGUUGGCGACAAUAUUUCGAUAAGUCGUGGCUUGGCUUGGUACAAGUUGCGUUUCAUACUUGGAGUAUUAUGAGGGAGGGGGGACAGUAAUUAAUUACAUCGACGCACAGGUAUGCAUAUCAUUAAUCGUACGUAUAUCGUGUAUUUAUAUAACAUAUGCACGCGCGUGAGAUUAUUGUACAGUGUGCGAUGCGCCGCCGUUGACUAAACAUUUUUCAUUUCGAGGAGGGAUUUGGGAAGAGCAGCGGGGAAGGAGAGAUGGGGAUCGAAAACGGUAGUAUUCACAAUAGGAGUAUUUGUGGGGAGGGUAGAUCGCCAUUCUGUAUCAUAUCUAUGUAUACAUAGUGCAAAAUAUAUUAAGGUCGGCCACUCGUACGAGGACAGCGUUGAGACGUCCCUUUUAAAGGCUAGCCGUCCUUUCUGAAUCGCCGAUUAAUUCUCUCGUUCUUAAAAGAGCCAGCGUGAUCGAGCUCCGACGGAAAUCGCACGAGCUCUCUCUAUCGCCUCGACUCUAAUCGUACUAAAAGCACUUUUUACAUUGUUUCAGAUACGACAAAGUGGACUUGUCUCGGCGCGAUAUGAUGAGCAGAGGAGCCUAAAAGUAUCGAUAUUCGACGCUGGCAAGAAUAUCGGGUAUCGAUGCUAUCCAGCAUGCUUAGCUCGACACAUCCGAUAUUUUUUCACUUUAACAAUUUAAGUAAAAAGCGUUGAAUCGGUACUUCUAUGCGCUCCCAUAUACGCGACGCCCGUUGAAUUCGAGCGAUUGGAAAUCCACGAGAACGAUCAAAGCGCACGGAGAUUCGCCGAUAUGUGAUUCAUGCGUCUGAACUUCGAUCAUAUAUUUUCGGACGAAUCGCAUCUUAAUUAAUCACGACAGUUUGACUUUACAGUUGUAUUGUAUUAUAAUAUCGCGAAAAGUGAUUAUCAUACUUUAAUAAUUAAAGCGCGCGCGAUCGUAAUUAACCGUUGUUUUCGCGAGUGAGUGUGCGAGUGCCAUGAAGAUAGAAUGGAAAAACGAGAGAGGAGGAAGCCCGAGGACAUAUCAUGCGACGGUAAAGCAACCAAAGAAUCAAUCUGGUUAUAUUAGCUCCACUGCUGUGCAUUGGCAGCCGCUCGCGUUAUUCGGAUGCCGCGCGUGCCUCGGAAGUUUAAUUUCGAAUCGUAUUAUAUCCGGUGCGCGCGCUACAGGCAUGAGCCACGGAGCAAGAGAGAACCAAAAUGGAAAGAGGAAGAGGAAGAGAUAGAGGAAGGAGGAAGUGGAGAUCUAAGAGGGUACAAAAGAGACGGAGACUCCAGGAUAGAACAGCAAAAGGGAAGAGGGGAGGGGGGGGGCGAGGAUUCUGAGGAGAAGAGGAAGAAGCGGGGAGGCUGGAGGAUUUGCAGUCGGGCAAGCAGUCAGGCGAACAGCCAGCUAGUCGGCCAACCCCCUCGGAGCGCCGAGAAGCGCAAGGGUGAGCAAGAAGACGGAUAGAUCCUAGGAUCGAAGGAAAGACAGAAGAAA